AUGGUGCCCGCGGAGGUGUCCUCGCCGGAGUACCACGAGGGCGCAGGCAAGGAGGCGCACGACCACGCCGGCAUCGUGCUCUCCUACAUCGCCUUGGGCUUCUCCGUCACCUGCUGCACCGAGUUCGCCGUCGAGAUCCCCAUGGCCGGGGGCUCCUUCGCGUACCUCUGCGUCGAACUCGGCGAACGCCGCGGCCUUGCAGCUGCCCAUGGAUGA